AUGUCGAUCUACGAGUCCGUCGUUCCCACAACGUCGGCUUUCAACACCGAGCACUACAACCCACAGCUUGUGAAAGGUGUGGAAUCCGUGCUAGUCAUCGGGUCCGGUGGUUUGUCCAUUGGACAGGCCGGUGAGUUUGAUUACUCGGGUUCGCAGGCGAUUAAGGCCCUAAAGGAGGCCAACAAGAAGACCAUUCUCAUCAACCCCAAUAUCGCCACCAACCAAACAUCCCAUUCGCUAGCGGACGAAAUCUACUACCUGCCUGUGACGCCGGAAUACAUCACCUACAUCAUCGAGCGUGAAAGACCAGAUGCGAUUUUACUGACCUUCGGAGGCCAGACUGGUCUGAACUGUGGUGUGGCGCUCGACAAGAUGGGAAUCCUAAAGAAGUACAACAUCAAGGUACUAGGGACGCCCAUCAAAACUUUGGAGACGUCUGAGGACAGAGAUCUUUUUGCUCAGGCAUUGAAGGAGAUCAACAUCCCUACAGCCGAGUCCUUUGCGUGUGAGACGAUUGACGAAGCUCUCACUGCCGCUGAAAAAGUUGGCUACCCGGUGAUCGUGAGAUCCGCCUACGCUCUUGGUGGUUUGGGCUCCGGUUUUGCCAACGACGAGGCUGAAAUGAAAGAACUUUCUGCUCAGGCUCUAUCGUUGUCCCCACAAAUCCUGGUCGAGAAAUCUUUGAAAGGCUGGAAAGAAGUCGAAUAUGAGGUCGUCCGUGACAGAGUCGACAACUGUAUCACUGUUUGUAACAUGGAAAACUUUGAUCCACUAGGUGUUCACACUGGUGACUCUAUUGUUUUUGCUCCCUCUCAAACCUUAUCGGACGAAGAGUACCACAUGUUGAGAACUGCCGCCAUAAAGAUUAUUAGACAUUUGGGUGUCGUUGGUGAAUGUAACGUCCAGUAUGCUCUACAACCGGAUGGUUUGGACUACAGAGUCAUUGAAGUUAACGCUCGUUUGUCUCGUUCUUCAGCUCUAGCCUCCAAGGCUACUGGUUAUCCAUUGGCCUACACCGCCGCCAAAAUUGCUCUAGGAUACACUUUGCCAGAGCUUCCAAACCCAGUCACCAAGACCACAGUGGCCAACUUCGAGCCUUCGUUGGACUACAUUGUUGCCAAAAUCCCUCGCUGGGAUUUGGCCAAGUUUCAACACGUCAACAGAAACGUUGGCUCCGCCAUGAAGUCUGUCGGUGAGGUCAUGGCCAUUGGCAGAAACUUUGAAGAAGCGUUCCAAAAGGCUAUUAGACAGAUUGACCCAUCCUUUUUGGGUUUUCAGGGCUCUGAUGAGUUUGGUGACGACUUGGACGAGGUUCUAGCCAAUCCAACCGACAGAAGAUGGUUGGCUAUCGGUCAGGCACUAAUUUACGAAGGUUACUCUGUCGAGAAAGUUCACAAGCUAUCUAACGUCGACUCCUGGUUCUUGCACAAGUGUAUGAACAUGGUUGAGAUGUACAAAGAGCUAGAUGCUGUUUCUUCUCUGGACGCAUUGGACAAGGAUCUUUUGAUUAGAGCCAAGAAAAUGGGAUUCUCUGAUAAGCAAAUUGCCGUCUCCAUCAACAAGAACACCGAGGCGAACGUCCAAGAACUGGAGGUCAGAAAAUACAGAAAGUCUUUUGGUAUUACCCCAUUUGUCAAGAAAAUUGACACUUUGGCAGCCGAAUUCCCUGCCAACACUAACUACCUUUACACCACGUACAAUGCUACCAAGAGUGACGUGGAGUUUAACGACAAGGGUAUGCUGGUUUUGGGUUCUGGUGUCUACCGUAUUGGUUCCUCGGUCGAGUUCGAUUGGUGUGCCGUCAACACCGCGAGAGCUCUAAGAGAGUCGGGCAAAAAGACUGUCAUGAUAAAUUACAACCCAGAGACUGUGUCCACCGACUUCGAUGAAGUUGACAGACUCUACUUCGAAGAACUAUCUUUCGAAAGAGUAAUGGAUAUCUACGAGUUGGAGCACUCAGAAGGCUGCAUUAUUUCGGUUGGUGGUCAAUUGCCUCAAAACAUCGCCUUGAAGUUGUUAAACGAUGGUGCCAACAUCUUGGGUACUAGUCCAGUCGACAUUGACAGGGCUGAAAACAGACACAAAUUUUCUUCCAUUCUGGACUCUAUUGGUGUCGAUCAGCCGGAAUGGAGUGAGCUUUCUUCUGUUAGCGAGGCUAAGGAAUUUUCUCGCAGUGUAGGCUAUCCAGUUUUGAUUCGUCCGUCUUAUGUCCUUUCAGGUGCCGCUAUGAGCGUCGUGAAUUCGGAAGAUGAACUAGAGACCAAACUAACUAAUGCCUCUGACGUUUCUCCUGACCAUCCAGUGGUCAUUUCUAAGUUCAUUGAGGGCGCUCAGGAAAUCGAUGUCGAUGCCGUCGCGUACAACGGUCAGGUUUUGGUGCACGCCAUUUCUGAACACGUUGAAAACGCAGGUGUUCAUUCCGGCGAUGCCACAUUGAUCCUCCCACCCCAAUCCUUGAGCCAAGGCAUCAAAGACAGACUUUACGAAAUUGCUCAGAAGGUUGCCGAAGCUUGGAAGAUCACCGGUCCUUUCAACAUGCAAAUUAUCAAGGACGACAGAAACGCCGGUACCACGUUGAAGGUCAUUGAGUGUAACAUCAGAGCCUCUAGAUCCUUCCCAUUCGUCUCCAAGGUAUUGGGUCGCAACUUCAUUGAUGCUGCCGUUAAGGCUUUCAUUGGCGAAGACGUUCCCAAGCCUGUGAACUUAAUGGACGAAGAGUAUCCCUACGUUGCGACCAAGGUUCCACAGUUCUCCUUCACCAGAUUGGCGGGUGCCGAUCCAUUUUUGGGUGUGGAAAUGGCCUCCACCGGAGAAGUGGCGUCUUUUGGUAAGGACGCUUUGGAAAGUUACUGGACUGCUACGCAGAGCACUAACAACUUCCACGUUCCUCUGCCCCCAAGCGGUAUUUUAUUUGGCGGUGACAUCAGCAAGGACUACUUGGGACGUGUUGCCCAAUUAGUCAGUGCUCUUGGAUAUAAGGUUUACACCACCAGCGACGAGACCAAGGCGUACUUGGAGUCGUAUGUCGCGGACAACCGCGCCGUUUCCAUCAUCGAGUUUCCAAAGAACGACAAGCGUAAACUGCGCGAACUGUUCCAAAGGUACGACAUCAAGGCUGUUUUCAACUUGGCCGCCAAGAGAGCCGAGUCUUUGGACGAUGUGGAUUACGUCAUGAGAAGAAACGCCAUCGAUUUUGCCUUACCAUUGUUCAACGAGCCUCAAACAGCUCUGUUGUUCGCCAAAGCUCUCAGUGCCAAGGUUGGCGAGAAGUUGAAGAUUUUGGAGUCCAGCGAUGUGGUUGUUCCUCCGGAGGUUCGUACGUGGCACGAAUGGAUUGGCCAAAGACCUAUGUGA